AGCAGUCAUUGGGCUGGAGGGCGGAGUCUUUGCCGCCCUGUGUCGGCCGCAGUCCGCUCCUGGCCGGCGCGCGCCCCGCACGCCUCAUGGUGGAACACGCGCUUGUCGACUGCUCCCAGGCGAGCGCCAUGCAGACCUUGCCGCCGCAGCCCCACCGCGAGGCUGACGAGGACCAGCUCGCUGAUGAAUAUGUUCAAAAUUUUGAACUCGAUCACCUCGAAGAUCAUCAUCUAGUGAAACGUGAGCCUCUCCGCACAGGCUGGCAUGAACUCGCCGAGGGACCUCCGGCGUGUGCUCGCGCCUGCAGACCCUGGCCCGACGCGGGACCCUACCCUCAGCCGCACGUCGCUAUCGCGGUGGAUCCCAGCACGCCUCCUGAAACACCUCCGGCGCCUGUCAGUCGCAGCCCAUGUAGAGCGGCACUCGUUGACGAUGUUCUGUGGUUGCCUCAUAUGCGAGAACCUUUGGAUAUGCGCACAGUUCCAUGUGGGACUUUCGAAGAUUGGGAUCGCCGCGAAUGGAGAGAACAAGAUCACCAUAUUCAACAAGUCGCCCUCCGCCCCGCGAGUUCGUGCUCGGCGCUCUCCCCGCGCACCGGCCAGCACCAGUCAUAUCAAGCAUCUUCCUGUGGAGACGAUUUAAUCAGUGACGACCUGCUCAUGACCCUGAGUGUUCGCGAAUUAAACAAACGACUUCACGGUUUUCCGCGGGAAGAUGUGACCAGGCUAAAACAGAAGCGGCGCACUCUGAAGAAUAGAGGAUACGCCCAAAACUGUCGCAGCAAGCGCUUGCAGCAACGCCAGGAGCUGGAAAUGACGAACCGGUCGCUGCAGGAUGAGCUGCACGUGCUGCAGCUGCAGGUAGCCCGUGUGACGCAUGAGCGCGACGUGCUGAAGCAACGCCUGGCGCUGGUGGGCCGCGACCACGCGCCGCAUCACGCGCCGCCCACGCCGCACUCGUCGCCGGAGUUCUUCUCGGAGCUGUGACGGCAGGGAGCGGCGCCACGCAGCGCCGGCCCGGCCUCCUCUUGCGCCUGGCAGCGCUACUGAGGCGCCGGCGUCCCGCGAGCACGACCGCGCGUCGGACGCCGCUAAUCGACACACCAGUCGUGCUUUUGUUAAGUUUGAAGUAUCAUCAGUUCCAGUUUUAUAGUUUUUUUUAUUAUUGGUGGAACAAUGUAGUCGAGAUCCUAGAUGGACUGGCUACGAGCACCGUGUUAAAUGUAUGGUUGUGUCGUAAGAUAUGCAUAGCUUCGUUAAAAUAUGUAUAUGUAUUAUUAAAAUUAUAUGUAGAUAAGUAUGACUCAAAAAACUGAUUAAUCAUAAUUGUAAAUAAAUACUUAAAAUAAUCUAGGGAAAUAUAAACGAUGUUUUCCUAAUAAAAUGUUUAGAAAUA